GAAACCUUCGCCAUUUUGCUGGAGGUUUCUGACAGAGUUUUUCCUACUUUGCAUGCUAAAACUUAGCCCCGCGCUUGAAUACUUUUCUUCGUGAGUAGGAAUCCCACCCCAUACAGCUAGACAAAACACAGAGCUAGUGUGCACGGUAGUUGUUAAUGCAGAAGAACUGUUGGGUUUCUUUAGCCUUUAACGGAACAUUUGACUAACGUUAGCCAAGUGGAGCUAGCCUGUGUUGUCGCAGACUAACCCCUUCUGCAAAACAUCCCAUCACUUUAACGAGUUACCCAACACAGAAACACUUUGUAGCUGGAUACCUGGCGGCCAGUUCCACCUGGAACCAAACGGGGAGGGAAGGAACGGCGGGGACUUUCAUUCAAAGGUAAUGUUCAGCCUUUCUUCAUCUCAUCUCCUGAAGAGACCUGCUUUUUAAGAGGAGACUCAUGCUUAUAAAUGCCAGGCCUCGCCACACUCUCUGUUGUCUGCACAAACACAAAUGCCUGCCUGCCUGUGGGGGAGGUCUGAUUAAAGAUAUCUACAUUUCAUUUACUGCAACCAUCAUGUUUUGGAAGUUUGACUUGCACACCACGUCCCACAUUGACCAGCUCCUUGAGAGAGAGGACGUGACGCUUAGAGAGCUGAUGGAAGAGGACGAUGUUCUGCAGGAGUGCAAGGCCCAAAACCGUCGACUACUCCUUUUUCUUUCCCAGGACCACUGCAUGCAAGAGCUGGUCCGGCUCAUCACAACAGAGCCCCCCGCUGACCUGGAGGAGAGGAGCCGGUUCAAGUUUCCCAAUAUUGCGUGUGAGCUGUUGACCUCAGAUGUGUCCAUUAUAAAUGAUAAGCUUGGUGGAGAUGAGUCUCUGCUUGAAAUGCUCUACCACUUCCUGGAGCAAGACCCGCCCCUUAACCCCCUACUGGCCAGCUUUUUUAGUAAAACUAUUGGCAAUUUGAUUGCCAGAAAAACAGAACAGGUGAUUACCUUUCUAAAGAAAAAAGAAGGGUUUAUCAGUUUGGUGCUCAAACAUAUUGACGCUUCAGCCAUGAUGGACCUGUUGCUUCGCCUCAUCAGUUGUGUGGAACCUGCGCCUUUAAGGCAGGAAGUUCUGCAUUGGCUGAAUGAGGAAAGCCUGGUACAGAGACUCACAGAACUUAUCCAUACUGGCAAAGAUGAAGAGAGACAAUCAAAUGCCUCCCAAACACUUUGUGACAUUAUUCGUCUAAGUCGAGACCAGGCCAACCAGAUGCAGGAGAAUGUGGAGUCUGACCCACUAUUGGCUGUACUAGAGGCGCAAGAGAGUGUUGCAUGGCUUCUGAAAAAUAUGUUUGAGGGGGAGAGGAGUGAGGCCUCCAUUGUCAAUGGAACUCAAGUGCUACUUACCUUAUUGGAGACCAGAAGGUCUGGGUUGGAAGGGUUGAUGGAUCUCUAUUCUCAGGGUUAUGAAAGGUCUUACACUGUCAGCAGCAGUAUUUUAAAUGCCAUUGAGCCCCAUUUAAAGGACUUCCAGCAGCUUCUUCAGGAUCCCCCCAAGAAAAGUGCAAUAUUGACGAGUGUUGGCAUUCUGGAGCAGCCGCUGGGCAAUGCUCGCCUUCACGUGGCUCGGCUGGUGGCUGCCCUGCUGCAAACCAGUGCACCCAGUAUCUGCCAGGAGCUCUGCAACCUCGCCACCAUUGACCUACUACUGGAUCUAUUUUUCAAAUACGCGUGGAAUAACUUUUUGCACUUCCAAGUGGAGCUGUGUGUGGCAGCGGUUCUGAAUCAUCCUUCAGAGGAGCAGCCCGGUCCAGGCCUUCAGGACCGUGAGGGGAAUCCUGCAGGGGCUAAUACCGGGGUGUUGGGGGACAGACCUGAGCCAGCCAAAGGCAGUGACUCACAGACCUCUCUUCAUAAUGCCCUGGUGGCACACCUCUUCCAGAAGUGUCAUCUGGUUCAGAGGAUCCUUGAUGCUUGGGAGGAGAAUGAUAAAAUACAGGCUGAGGGCGGUACCAGAAGAGGCAACAUGGGGCAUCUCACCAGAAUUGCCAACAUGGUAGUCCAGAAUCUGGAGAAAGGACCUGUACAGGCCCAAAUCACUGAUCUCAUCAAAGAGCUGCCAGAGGACUGCAGAGGUCGCUGGGAGAGCUUUGUGGAUGAGACCCUGAGAGAAACUAACAGGAGGAACACAGUAGAACUGGUAAGCACCCACAACAUCCACUCCUCCAGUGAAGAUGAUGACAUGGAGAGUGCUUUCCCCAACGAUCUGUCGAUUCAACAGGCUUUCUCAGACUAUCAGAUCCAACAGAUGACUGCCAACUUUGUGGAUCAAUUUGGGUUUAAUGAUGAAGAGUUCAUUGAACAUGAUGAAAAUAUCAAUGCUACAUUUGACAGAAUUGCCGAAAUAAACUUCAACCUAGAUGCUGAAGAUAAUAGUGCCAAUGUGGCUGCUUUUGAAGCCUGUUGUAAAGAGAGAAUACACCAAUUUGACGAUGCUGAAGAGGAAGAGGACAUUUGGGAGGAGAAGGAGUUCAACUAUGCAACACAAGCUAAAUCCAGAACAAGGUUUGGGACUUCUCAAACCCCAGGGAAAAGCGACAGGAGCAGCAUAGAGAAUGGAGGCCGGGAGCGGGAUCUUGGUUCUGAAUCUGAUAAGGGUCGAGAUUCAGAGCAGAACACAUCAGGUCCUGGCUGGACAGCAAAUUUUAGGGAUUCUGAAGAGACUGUUGCCUCCCAAACCCGAGUAGGGUGGGAUGGUUCAGAGGGGAGUGGAGCAGAAACACAGGAAACGGGCUGGGCCGACUUCACAGAGUUCCAGCCUUUCACCGGUACCGAGACUGAUCCAAGGUGCAGCUCUCCUGCAGAAAGAAGUAAUGCAGAUAAACAAGCUAAACAAAACCAUGAGAAGAAUGAUGGAGAAGGAAAAAAGGCUUCACUUGUGGUCUCAGACAGCAGUUCCUCUGGAGGAUCUGACAGCGAGGAGGAUGAUAAAAGUGCUGGAGCUCUUCCUGCUGCAGCGGUCCUCUUACAAACGGCUCCCAGUAACAAGAUGGCUGAGCUCAAAAGUGAGGAAAGCCCGGUGUCCCUAGAGAAACUCUCCCUGUCGGAUCCUCCUGUGGAUUCAGAGCAGCUUAAGGAUUUGCCUGCAGGUCUACAGACGGAUAGGAAAGAGGCGGCGCCAGCAGCACAGGAAGUGUCGGUGAACGGGCCGGUGUCAGGAUGAGGAGGAAGCCGUGGUUGAGCCGACGGGCCGCCAGCCCCUCCAGAGAGACUCCCUCAAUAACCUCAGUGUUUUUACUGAAGCAGUCUGCCCUGUUAUUGGACUUGGACACUGCCAAUCAAUACCAAUAAUGAGGCAGCAGAACAUUUAAAAAAGAGGGAGAAAAACAAACCAAUAUCAGAAUGGAAAUGAGUGGAAUCAUGCUCAAAGCCUUUUUUCCCCCCAAUCUUGCACAUAAGUAUGUGUGAUUUUUAAUGUAGCAGCAAUCUUUGAAAUGACAGAUUCCAAAGGGUACUGUCAUUUGGUUUUGUUUUUUUUAAUAUCCUGAAAGAUUUCUCUGCUCCCGGAUGAUGGGGAUCUUACGUGGUUAUCCCUGAACAGAUAGCACAGACUUAAAUACAGAUGCCUCAACAUUAAAUACUUUUUUUUUUUGGGGGGGGGGGGGGUAUCCUGGAGCUUUUAUUUUUCUUCAAGCUUAAGAACAGCACUUAUGCAGUCAUUUACUGUACAUUAUAGCACAAUGUAAGUUUUGAUUUCUGUUGGCUGUCUUGUCUUUCACCCCGAUCAAAGUUUCUACUUGUUCUUCCUGUUAUUCUUUCCCUCUUUUUUUUGUCCUUAUUGCUGUCGAUGGAACGUACCUUGUCAUCAAACAUCACCAGGGUUAAAUGAUUAAGUGCUUCAGGUGGAUUUGUUGGGACAGGGGAAGGUCGAUGGAAUAGGACUCGAGUAUUACUGUCUUUUGCUCAAGUGCAAUAAUGUCAGUUAUCCAUUUUAUUUGAAAAUGAAAUGCAAAAUCUCAUUAAAAAAAAUCAAGUUAGAAACAUUGGGUUUAAUAUUGAGCAAAGUUUAACAUAAUCUCAAAUUGAGAGUUGUGGAUUUUUUUUUUAGUGCACCAAUAACCAGUUGUGUUGAUCUAGCUAGUGAGCUAAGACCUUCUGAUUGUAAUGACCUAUACGUUGUUAUCGCUACCCCCCUUAAAUCAACCAAACAUUAUCUACUUAUAUACAAAUACAUUUACAUUUGAAAGUAAUUUUAAAGCAAUUUUUGAGAUUA